CAGCAUGGCCCUCUCACGUCCUCGUGAGCACCAGAUUGGCGGUGGUCAUCACUAUGCUCAGUCAGCUUCGUCGUCCUCGCAUCAUGGCCAUCACCAUCAUCAUCACCACCAUCGAAGCAAGCCUCGUAGGACUAUCCAGGCCCAAGGUGGAGGGCCGUUGCGCCAGCUUCAGGAUCAGUAUGAGGAGGCUAUGGCCCUUGGCGGCGGCAGCUCAAGAGAUGCCAGCGAGGAGGACAACGACAACUUCUCCGAGCACAGCGACUCUGCCUCGUCAAUGCACCAUCAGCGCCAGCAGCAGAAUCGAUCGCUUCCUAGUGCAAGUCACACAUCGUCGCUACACACUGUCCUCUCCGCCUCGCCCUCGUCGGCCUCGUCCUGCUCCUCUUCCUCAGCAGUAGGCAAGCCGCAGGAUGUCUCAGGACAGGUCAUGAAUACGCUUCCCACUACGGCGAGGGAUCGAGUGCUGAUGGACUCAAGAGGGCAUGCCUACCAGACACAAGGCUCCCAUCAGCAGGCAGGACAAAUGCGCAAGGCUUCAUCAGGCUCAUCGGCUGCAGCCAACACAGAGUCUCUCUCCUCGCCCUCGGUAGGCGGGCCGUCCUCUUCCUCUGCGUCCUUUGCUGCCCCUCACGCCGUACUACCGCCAUCCUCAACAACCAGUACACGCAGAGGCAAUCCUUCAGCUCCAGGCAGCAGUGGUGUCCCCCAUACAUUAGCUCAAGCAUCGGCCGCCCUCUCCUCCUCUUCCUCCACCGACCUAAGCAUGUACGGCGGGGAUGACGAAGCUGCAGGAGAAGACGACAAUGAGGAAGUAGGAUUUCGCUCAACGCUCGACGCACGCGCCCCUUCGCUCACUCUCGGCCAGCUAUCGACCACUAUCAACUCUCGCCCGCAUCCCUCGCUCCGUCUUGACUCCCUGCCCCCACCGCCCCGGCACCCAAAUCCCUCAUCAGCCAUGACAACACCAAUCGCCGUCGCUGGCGCGCGGGGCGCAAUUGGUCCUACAUGGAUGAGCAGACAAGACUCCGAUUACCUAGGAGACGCGGAUGAUGAGGAUGGAGAUGGCGGGGCAGUCGGGUUCAUGUCAGAGGACGACUCGCUUGCUCCGAGGAGCCCGCAUUCGGUCCAGACUGGCUCGGUCAGCGCAAAAAGCACAGACGACGAUGCUGCGACCACGGACGAUGAUGUCAGUGACGAAGGGACCGCCUCGCCCUAUGAUGGGGAUGUGGAGUUCUCUGCACGCACGCCGGUCUCCCAGCAGAUAUCUGCGGCCCACAUGGGAGGCAACGGUGGUUUCCUCGCUCAAGCCGCAUCGGUCGCUGCGGCUCAUGCUACCGCCGCCACGCCGCCCGCUACCCAAGCUGGGUCUUCCCGUCCGUCUACGGCGCGUCGCCAGGUGGAGGAUGCGCCGGUGCGGACCUUUCAGAUGGAAGUUGGGGCUACGCAUCAAACGAUUGCAGAGGGCACCGCGACACCUCGUGGUGCGGAGGACGGCGCCAGCUUCAACCCUGCUCAAGCCGUGGCUAGAGCCUCUGAUGCGCCCAUGGCCAAGGCUGGUAAUGAAGGGACCUCAGCGGAAGCUCUCCGCACGAGGAUCGUCACGCUGAACAAGUCAAGUGCGGUCAUCUCGCGGCUGCAGCAGUCAAGCCCCACUGCCACAAUCCGCGUCUACGUGGGCGCACCGGCCAAUGGUCUCUUCAGUCGAAUCGACCUCCUCACGCUCGAUACGGCUAUGCUGCGCGUCGCUAAGCUGGGAGUGGCAGCUACCGCCGGCAACGGGAUUGAGGUGCAAGUUGUUGCAGGGAUCUCAUCGGAUGACGAUGCAAGCGAGGGAGGAGGCCUUGCCCUGCCGGCUGCUCAGCGUGCUGCGCUGGCUCGAGGGUGCAGGUGGGUCGAUGAGGUAAUGGAAGGAGUGCCUCGGGCUGCUGGAGAAGGAGGGGCGGACGAGGCACCGAUGAGACAGCGCCUGAUCGACCAGAUUGCUGCGGGAGCCGGUGGGCAGUCCAUUGUUCUACUGGCGCACUUUGUUGAUGCUGAUCCGGUCACGAGCGAUGCUGAGCCGGAGUGGCAGAUCAGGCUGCCCAUGCCCAAGAGCGGGUAAGCAACGUUCUACGGAGUCGCAGCGCGGUGUAGUCUUUCCUGCGUCGACUGUGACUUUAGGGAGGUCAGGCUACGAGAGCCUUUCGAUUUCUCGACGAAUCAUCGACAGCUCAAUCUAAUCACACGUUCCCGCGCAAGCUCCCAAUCGCUGUGCUCGUUUGAACUCUGGUAUUGUAUUAUCUUGGCUCCAUUACUCAACGCUCAGCAGUACUUCUUCUCAGCAUCACCGCCCAUCGAUCCCCUCCUCUUUAGCCCAAUCUCUCAGCUGCCUCUUCAACACUUUUCCAGCAUCGCUCUUUGGCAGGUCCUUGACCCACGUAGCUCCACCGAGGUACUUGUACUUGGCCAAUUUCCCACUUUCGUUCACCCGUUGAGCCACCUCUUUCGCAU